CCCUCCCCCCCAGAAAGGAACAUACUACCUUCACUAACAGCACUAACAGCACUAACAGCAACUGCAAAAGAUCAGACCAAAGCAGGCAAAACAAGCUUGAGGUAGCUGAAAAUUAACUGAUUUGUUUCCCUCUCUCCAAUUCUCAUUCUUUUCUUCACAUCACUUUAUCAUCCAACUGGGCAUUGUAUUCGGCCUAUCAAGCCGUCUCCCGCCCCGACAUUUUACACCGAGACCAUAAAUCUAUUACGAUUUUGGAUUUCGGCACGGUUGAGAGGGUCAAAGCUGUAAAUUCAUCGUCAUGUCUUACGGCCAGUAUCAAAACAAUCCAUACCAACAAGGCCCAUCGGCUGAGGGUGGUUAUGGUAACCAUUAUGACAAUGGACAGGAUCAUGAGCUACAGAACUACCCCCCACAGCCUGUUUCGGACACUCUGUCGCAACAAGAUUUUCUCGGUCGCAUUCAAUUUCUACGAAAUGAGAUUGGUACAUUGACGAACAAUGUCCGAGCCAUCGCAUCUCUUCAUCAGCGCGCCCUAGCUGAGGCCGACGGCGGUGCAGCAUCCCAACAGCUUGAAGGUGUUGUUGCUGACACUCAAACAUUGAACGCUGGUAUCCGCGAUCAACUCAAGUUUCUGGCAAAUGAUGCGAACAGAACAACCGACGCCGGCCGCAACGUGAAGGAACGUCAAGUCAACACCAUCAAGUCCGAGUUUGAGCGUGAGCUACACGCUUAUCAACAGGAAGAAGCUUCCUUCAGUCAGCGGUAUCGCGACCAAAUCGCCCGACAGUAUCGUAUUGUCAACCCCGAAGCUACCGAAUCUGAGGUUCAACAAGCGACCGAAGCCGAUUGGGGAAAUGAAGGUGUUUUCCAGACUGCACUCCGGACGAACCGCACUGGCCAAGCCUCUUCGGUUCUUGGCGCUGUUCGCGCACGACACAACGAAUUGCAGCGCAUCGAGCGCACACUUAUAGAAUUAGCAGCAAUGUUCCAAGAUCUUGCUAUACUGGUAGAACAGCAAGAGCCUAUGGUCCAGGCAGCAGAGCAAAAUGCUGAGAACACGACCAAGUAUAUUGAUGAGGGUAACACGCACGUGCAGAAAGGAAUUAACCACGCUCGCAACCGCCGCAAGUGGAAGUGGUGGUGCCUUCUCAUCGUCAUCCUCAUCAUUGCCAUUGCUGUCGGUGUCGGUGUUGGUGUUGCGGCUUCUAACGGAGCCUUCAACAAGAGCCAAUAAAUUCGGACUCGAAAUAUUCAUGUGUGGUUAUAUUUUGUUUGUCAGUUGACGUCUUUACUGGCCUUAUAACCGAGACGACAUCCACCCUUUAAACACUCGAAACUUGGAACUCGGAACAGGAGGGGGGGUAAAAAGUUAAUAGAUCAUGCGGAGGCGGAUCUUGGUAGAUGAUAUGAG